GGACACGACACCACUGCACUGUUGGACUACGGCAAGGUGCUCAGGUAUUGGACUACUGCAAGGUAUUGGACUACGGCCGUCCUGGCGCAGUUAAUUUAAGCUUCUUCAACAUGAUGACCACAGAGAUCAUCCGCGAACUGGGCGAAGACCCUGACAAGGUAUGCAGUCGCGAGGAGCAUAUCGUGCUCAAGCUCGAGAAUCCGUGGCCGAUUUCGACGUCCUCGUCUUCAUCUUCGACACUGCCAGAACUCCCGAAGGGCCUGUCCCAUAACGGUGAUGGGCGUCUCAUCACCACCACUGCCGACGCCUUCGUGGAGAACUGCAGCUUCCUCUGUGAGCACCGUGUAGUUGGAGCGCUGUUUGCUGGCUGUGCGUCGUUUGACAAAUGCAGACCGUUGGGCGCUGCAACACGGGCUGUCCUCUCCGACGUUCAAACGCUCGUAAUUGUUCACAAUCAGGACUUUGUGCGAACCCUGGUCGACCUGUUCCGCUCGGUUGAGGUGCUUGUCCUGCACCACGACAUGCGGCUGCAGAUGCCGGAGGAUGAGUGGGGCGACAUUGGCGGUGCUCCGCCACAGCUGAAGCGCCUCAUCGGCAGCACGCCGGCAUUGGGGACGCACAACCUUUUCCUGAGCGCGGCGACUAUCUGUGGCCUGCUCGGUGAUUGCCCCUAUCUGUGCGAGCUGCAGACGUCAUUGCACGAGAUCCUGAGCCCAGCCAAUCCACUGGUGAGCAUGCUGCUGGCGGGGCGCCCCUCCCUCCUCACUACGUGGAGCCUUAUUCUCGGGGCGGACGUUGAGCGGCUGGAUGGCACGACUGGCGUUGUCUGGGACAUCACGCCAGGACACAUGGUCCAGGCCAACAUGUUCUUUCGCAGCCUGCGGCGCAUUCAGGUGACCACAACCCACAGCCAGACUAUUGCUGCCAUUGGUAUCUUUGAACAGCUUACUGAUGUCUCGUUAAUGUUCAUUGCACAAGGCACAUUGUGCUCAUUCCAAGGGCUUGUUGAGAACACGCUCAAGCGCCUCCAGCUCAAGCACCUGUCACUCAAGUUUGUCAAGGACGUCAGCCUUCUUGCUGUUGCCGAACACUGGCCGCGCCUGCAGACCCUGUCGCUCGCUGAAUGCUCCGUCGUUGACUACGAUAUCGACGAUAUUUUGCCAGGAUCAUUUGCGGGACUUGUCAAGCUGCGAUUGGGAUCAGAAAUCACGAUCCGCACACUCGAGGUGCUGCUCGGGGCGACAAGACGGCUCGUUUCGCUGCAGCUCGAAGGGGAUCUCCUGGUGACGUCGUUCGUUAUCCGGAGUUCGCUCGGCUCGUUGCCGAGGCUCGAACGCCUUGUGCUCGGCACCAAACAAUCGCUGCCGGCGCUGAUCUUGACCGGAAAUGACUUGCGGUACCUGAUCAAGGCGCUGCCCGCGCUCCAGUAUGUGGCGACCGACAGCUACGACCUGCGGGUGUUUUUUGAAAACUACAUGCCGUGGGUGACGCUUGGGUGGGGCCAAUGCACGACCUGUGCCGCCGAGUUCCCACGUGUUGAUGAGACUCAGAGGGAGUUUUGGCAGAAGGCGGUGACACCGUGCAAGCGGAGGAAGUGAAUGGGGUGGUCGACUUGCAUCCCUGGUAAGAAAUGACGUAAAGCGGCAAUCACUUGUGUCCUGGCCAGACACAGCUGCUUUUGGGACACAACCUUCUCCAGCCCCUCGGCAUUGUGCUUGGGAUAGAACGCUGGUGUUAUCUCUGACCACCAUGUACUUGGUCAGGGCAGCAGAUCUGGCCAUACGACAUUGGCUCGGCCAAACUGCAGAGCUGCUGUUCCUCUUACUUGUGAACUAGGAUUCAUCGUGUUCACGGUCGUGCCUUGUGUGCAACCGGUACCUCGUACCAGGCCGCUACUGCAAGUGCUCGUUCUAACAAGCAGUGAUGUGUGUUCCUGAAUAAGGCACCGCUGCCUGCGGAACAAUACACAGGCCCUGACAACUGACUUGUGGCUCUUCCGAGGUGCCUGCCAUGGGUGGCAUUGAGUUUUUACCAGACGUUGACUAGCAUGCUGUGUUCUAUGCUGACUUCCAUUCUAUGGCGAGGUGCAGAGUGUGUUUUUGUACGAGGGUUGGUGUGCAUCUCAAGUUGUCAAGGUGAAGCGGUAGCAAGGAUUUUGUCACGGGGUUAGAAGGAAGAUGUCUCCAAGUAGAAUAGCUGAAAAAUGAGAGGUUCAUUUUUUUAGACUGUCAUUUGAAAGCACAUCAAAAACUCGGCAUCUAAAGCAUACCUAAUGCUUGUGCUGCACCUAUCUCUCAUUUUUGGCACGCACACAUUUACCCAAUAAUAAUGUUGUGGCUGGAAAUAACUACUUUGUAGGUGCGGCACUCAUGCACUUGCACUCUCAGAGAUAUGUGUGUUCGUUCUACGGCAACCAUUUGUGGAUGUGGCAAUGAAAUGGUGUCCCUAUUUGCUGCUAAUAUCACGAUCGGUGCAGUGAAAAGCUGGUUGGCAGAAAGACUUCAGCUGGAACUAUUGCUUAACUGUGAUGAAGCACUGCAUGUGGCAUCUGUGUGCUUGCUCAUUGCCUUUGUGUAAGUGAUUGACAAAGUCUGUCGAUAGAGCACUGGUGGACUUGCCAAGGAAUUUUUGCUAUUUUGAUGCUGUAUUAAAGUGGUAAUGGAAAAAUAGGAAAACUAGAGAAUUGUAAGCACAUGCUGUAGUAUGUGGGCUAACUUUACCUAAUUCAGAAAUUGGGGCAGUAGAUAGCACACUUUGUUACAACUGGUUAUUUAAGUGCUGUCAUUAUAAACAGACCGUUAUUUCUAUUGACGCAUUUGCUGUAGUGGAGUUGAACAUCCAAAUGUUAGAAAUCAGUUGGAGUUGAUGAAUCUCACGAGCUAGACGGCACUUACUGUUAGCUAUUUGACGGGAUCAUAGUCAUAUUUCCAAGACGGGCAACACAGGCCAAACAAGUUUGUGCACAAUGAUGUACCCCAUGAUGAUUGUGAUUGUGUUUGGUGACAUGUCAUGUCCCAAAGUGUACCUACUGUGUAGGAGUGCUUUUUCUUGUUUAUUCGUGCAUAUUUGUUAUGAUUAACUUUAAAUGAUAUCCACACUUAUAAAUUAAGUGAUUUUGUGUUGGAAGAAGAAAUGAAUUGCUGUAUAACAGUGAUCAGUGCUAAGCUUGUUCCUAUGAAUCAUUUUGUGAUAUAAUUACUUUAAUAAAUUGUGAUUUAAACUGAAAAAGUAACUAUAAGAGUUGAUUAGAGCUGGGGUGCAUUCGUGAAUGCUGUGUUAACUUUUGACAAUAUACCUGCUCCUUAUGCCUAUCUUGUUUCUUUUUUUUUCUUUUCAUUUGUGUCACUGGAGACUAUUGUACCAUAUUUUAAGGAUGUUCAAGUUCAAGAUGUAGCUGUUUCCAGAAACGGCAUAUCUUGUCUUCAGAUGCAGCCUCUCUACAAUGUACUUUGCAUUGUGGUUAAGUGUACCUCAGGUUUUUUUGUGUGUGUGUGUGUUUGCAGUCACACACGUGUAUGUUGAGUGCACCUGAAGGUAGACUGUUUACAAAUGGGCUGCACAUUGCCUCGAAGCCACACCGGGGCUUCACCGGAUGGAAGCACUUGGAGUGGUGUUAACUGCAUAUGUGAAGCAAAUUUGUUUUUGGAGCCUUGCCUUGCGUGGCAGUCAUGCAAAGUCACUACAGUUAAAACUCGAUCCAACGAAACCCGAUUUUACGAAGUUCUCGAUCUAAUGAAGAAAUUUCCAUUCCCCGGCAGGUAGCCAUAGGGUUCGGUGUUGUCAUCAACCCGAAUUAACAAAACUAAUGGCCACUAAACCCAAUUUAAUGAAGUUUUUCCUGAAAUAAAUGAGUAAGAAAUGAGGCGAUUUCUUUCUUAUAUUUACAGAGACGUAUUUUUUCUUAUAGCGUGCGCUCUAAUGCUAUUGCAUUAAAACAUCUAGCCGCCCUAGUCAUGGGUCUUUACAUCCGUGUCUUUGCAUAUGAGCAGCCUGUCAUAGCUUCAUGUGACCGUCU